CCGCCACGCCGCAUUCCGCGUUCUACGCUCGGCGCAAACGCACGCAUUCACUAACCACACAAACACUCAACAUGUCUUACGAGAUCGCGUAUUCGCUCGCGGACGACGGCCCGCAACCCGUCUCUCGUACUUAUCAAUAUCGCAAAGUGAUGAAGCCGAUGCUUGAGCGCAAAAGGCGCGCUCGCAUCAACCGCUGCCUCGACGAGCUCAAGGAGCUAAUGGUCAGCGCUCUACAAUCGGAAGGAGAAAAUGUCGCCAAAUUGGAAAAAGCUGAUAUUUUGGAAUUGACCGUUCGUCACCUGCACAAGUUGAGGCGCCAGCGUCGCCUGUCCCUCAACCCCACAGUGGAUGUGGAUCGCUUCAGGGCUGGAUUCACUCAUGCCGCAAACGAAGUUUCUCGCUGUUUGGCCUCCAUCCCCGGAGUGGACGUGAGGCUCGGCACUCAGCUGAUGACUCACCUCGGACACAGGCUGAACGACAUGCAGCGCGCUGCUACUGGCGCCGACACUCCACCGGCGAGCCCGCCCAGCCCGGCUCUCUCGACCGCCUCCUCAUCGUCCGGCUACGUGUCGCCAUCGCCGCCGGCUUCGCCUGUACCUCUGCAUACAGCUACCCCCCUGGACUGCACCACCACGUUCAAGAGCCCGGCAGUGUGGCGGCCGUGGUAAACAGCCGAGUGGUCGGAUGGAACUGGCGGACCCGGCUCCGCGGUCACAUCUGUUCCAGCACCGCUCGGAGUCGCCAGCGCACUUGUGUGUCCGCCUCAAGUCCUUCCAAGUUUCAGUGUUUACAUGUGAAAAUUAAACCUAGAUCUCACAAAACAAGUAGGUUAUAAAAAUUAGCUCGUAAGUUCAACUUGAAAGCUUUAAUUAAAAAUAGCCCUUAAGUGUAUUUGUGAUAUUAAAGAGUAAAUAUUGUAUAAGAGAUGUUGUAUCGAACUUUAAUACGUUCGCAUUGUUAUAUUUUUUAUCGUUGAAAAAGAUUUCACAGAAUUGUGAACUAAAUACGACAGAGUCAAUUAAUAAAAAUAUUAUCUUUAAUUAUA